CUGUGGAGGUCAAGCAGCUGUUGUACGCGGACAGUAUGGAUCAACAGGACCCAGAGCUCCUCCACAUAAAGGAGGAAGAGGAGGAACUCUGGACCAGUCGGGAGAGAGAGCAGCUUAAUGGACAGGACGACGCUGAUGUCACCAGAUCUUCAUUCACUGUUGUUACAGCGAAGAGCGAAGAUGAUGAGGAGAAAUCGCAGUCUUCACAGCUUCUUCAAAUCAAAACUGAGGACAUUACCAACAAAAAAACUCAAACCAGCAGCUCAGCUGAACACCAGAAGACAGAAACUGAUGGAGAGGGCCGUGGAAGACCAGAACCAGCACACCCAAGUUCACCUGUACAAACAGAUACCAACGUCAAGGAUCCAGACUCUUCUGAGACUGAAGUCAGUGAUGAUGAUUAUUGGCAGAAAUUAUCAGACUCUGAACCCGAAGCAGAAGACCCUGACAGGACGGGAAGCAGGACACCUGAUUCAGCCGUAGACACCAGUGAGAGGUGUAACGCUGCCAAAAAACCCUUCGGCUGCCUUAAAUGUGGAAAACAGUUUCUAUACGAGCAGUCUCUUCAGAGACACGUGAGGUAUCAUUCUGGGAUAAGGUCCUCUAGCCGUUGGGUGAAUAUGAAACGCUGCAGACUGAAUCAGAAUGCAGGUUCACUGACCACAGCCCAAACAGGAGAGAAACAGUUCUGCUGCGAUGUUUGCGGUAAAAGAUUUGGAAGGAAGGGACGACUAAAGAGGCACAUGAGCGUCCACGUUGACAGCAAGCUAUUCAACUGUCAAAACUGUGAGAAAAGAUUCACGUGUCAGUACAAUUUAGAUAGACACAAGAGAGUCCACACAGGAGAGAAGAGGUUCGGCUGUGACGUGUGCGGUAAAAGAUUUAACCAAAAGGAAUAUCUGAAGAAACACAUGAUCGUCCACACGGGCGAGAAGUGUUUCACCUGUAGUGUUUGCAGUACAAGUUUCAAGCGGAGGAUAGAUUUUAAGAGACACAUGAGCGUCCAUUCAGGGGAAAAGCCUUUCAGCUGCAACAUUUGUGGUAAAAGCUUCAACCGGGGAGGAAACCUGAAGACGCACAUAACCGUCCACACGGGAGAGAAGUCGUUCAGUUGUGAUGUGUGCGGUAAAACCUUCACUCGAAGGGGAAAUCUGAAGAAACAUGCAGGCAUCCACACAGGAGAGGAACGGUUACACUGUGAAGGAAAGCAGAACGCUGACUCGCCGACCGCAGUCCAGACACCAGAGAAACAGUUCAGCUGUGAUGUCUGUGGCAAAACAUUUAACCAAAAGGUUUAUCUCAAGAAGCACAUGAUCGUCCACACAGGAGAGAAGUCGCUGGUUUGUAGUGUUUGUGGUAAAGGUUUCAAGAGGAGGAUAGAUUUUAAAAGACACACCAUCGUCCACUCAGGAGAGAAACCUUUUAUUUGCGAUAUUUGUGGUAAAACCUUCACUAGAAAAGGAAAUCUAAAGAUCCACGCUCGUCUCCAUACGGGAGAGAAAUCGUACGUUUAUAGAGCGAAGCACAACACGGAUCCAGAAACCACAGUCCAAAGGGGGGAGAAAGGAUUCGGCUGUGAUGUUUAUCAGAAAAGACUGAAGUUGUUCUUUAAAGUGCGAACAUCAGCUCCCGCCAGGGAGAAGUCGUUCGGCUGUGGCGUUUGUGGCAAGAGAUUUAAACAUCAGGGAUAUCUGAAGAAACACAUGAUCGUCCACGCGGGUGAGAAGUCCUUCACGUGUGGUGUUUGCGGUACAAGUUUCAAGCGGAGGAUAGAUUUUAAGAGACACAUGAGCGUCCAUUCAGGAGAAAAGCCUUUCAGCUGCAACAUUUGCGGUAAAAGCUUCAACCGGGGGGGAAACCUGAAGACGCACAUGACCGUCCACACGGGAGAGAAGUCGUUCAGUUGUGAUGCGUGCGGUAAAACCUUCACUCGAAAGGGAAAUCUGAAGAUCCACGCUCGCGUCCAUAUCGGAGAGAAGCCGUUCGUUUAAAGAGCGAAGCAAAUGUAGAUUUGCAAGCCACGGUCCAAACAACAGACGAAUCAGCGAGGUCUGCGGUAAAAGAGUCCGCCGAGGCGGGAAUCUGAAGACGCCUCCUGAAAGGAGCCGUUUAUCUGAGAGGUCUGCGGUAAAAGCUUCCCCCAAAUAGGAACUUUCAGGAGACAUAUGAGGGUCCACACAGGGGACAACCCGUUUCAUUAUGAAGUCUAUUAAAAGACCUUCAAGUGGAACUCUGAGGAAACUCAUGACACGCACAUGAUAAUAGGAAAUCAUCAAACUGAGGUCUGAAGUGUGCAAGAAGAUUACUAGGUUUGCCUUUUUUAUCAAAGAUGCUUGGUUCACAUUUAUAUUGUAGUUUUCACUUGCUGCCUUUUUAAAAUUGGACUUUAAAAAAGACUCUCUUCUGCUUGGCGUUCGAUCAGUGCGGUUACAUGCACAUGUAAAUCAAGCUAUUGGCAACAAUCUAGAUAAGGAUUAAACUGGUGUUUCCCAGAAAUCCGAGUAUCGAGUGCGUUCGACUCCGCGAUGCUAGGUGGCGCCACACGCAGUUUUGCGUUGGCGUUCUACUGUGUUGAUAUUCUGGCUUUCGCAGCUCGUCACUUCCAGAAUGGGGAGUCCCGGGGCAGUCAGUAGCUCGGUUCAGCGAGAGUUGCCUAUACAUGCCGAAAUAACUCAGAUUAGGACGCAUUAUCUGGCACUAAAAGCACGAUUUUAUUUAUAUUUUAUUUAUUGUAUUGUGUGUUUGAAGUGGGAUAUGUAUGUUGUCCUGUUGUUGCAAACCAAAUUGCCCUUCGGGGACAUUAAAGAUUUUCAAAUCAAAUCAAAU